AUGUCGUCAUCGAUGAUGCUGAAUUUUUCAAUUCAACAACAGCAACAGCAACAAUUACAAGGAACGAACAAUAUCAACCAAACAACACCAACAACUCCGCUCAACAACAACAACAUCAGCAAUACCAACAACAAUUUAACAGCAAUAAACGGACAAGGAUGGUUGUUUGGAGAUAACAUGUUCAAUGAUUAUGGUGGUAGUAAUGCUCCUUCGUCCGCUUUCAAUAACUACACUAACAAUUCCAUGAUGACCAUGAUGAUGAAUAACAACAAUAAUAAUAUGAGCCUCAACAACAUGCUUUCUCCCAUUCCAAUCACUCCAUCCGAAAUGAUGGAUGGAAGAUUACUGAUGAUGAAUCAAGGCAUGGAUCAAGACGUCGUUGUUUCACCUUCAGCAUGCUUUGAUGUGGAGGCUGAUGCUCUAACCACUCAUCACCAAACAAACAACUCUUCUCCUACGAAUAACAAUAUGAAUUCAUCUUCUCAAGGAAAGUCCGCCACUACAACCAAUAAGGAAAAGAAAAAGCCUAAAAUUGCAUGCGUUUAUUGCAACAAGCUCCACAAAAAAUGUGAUGGAGAAUCUCCCAACGCAUGUACACGAUGUAAAAAGAAGGGUAUUCCAUGCGUCUAUUUACCUCCCCAAAAGAGAGGACCAAAAUCAAAGAAACGAAAGAACGAUGGAGGUGGGGUUGCCGAAGAAGAAGAUUAUUCCUUUGAUCCACUCACAUGCGCUGCAGGAUUGUGCAACUCUUCUCAGCAAGGCAAUUUAUAUCUCUCCAACCAACAAUUACAAGGACCUUUCUACCAUUACAAUCAACAGCAACCACCACAACAACAAGCAACGCAACAGUUGAUUUCCAACAAUUCCUGCUCCUCACAACCAGUUGCCCAACCUCAACAACCUAAAGUGGCCUCUAGUACAGAUCUGAAUGUCUAUAUUAACGAAUUGUCAAAAUCAAACACUGCUCGUGAAGCGUCUUCCACACAGAUCGCAGUUCCAUCGAAUAAUUGGAACAAUUACCAAACUUCGGCUCUAAGUCCAUUGAGUGGCCUCCAAUUUAUUGUAAAUGUACAUACCAGAACAUUGGUGGACCAAUUCUUAGACUCUGUUACCUGUCACUCAUUGGUUGAUCGAUCCAUGCUCGAUAAUGCUCUCAAUAAGGCUGUUGCCUUCUCUUCAGAACCCACUGGAUCGCAACUCCUUACCAACAUUGUCUGCGCCAUGGGAGCUCAACGUUUGGAAGACAGAAAGAAUUGUGUCGAUUUCUUCAAUCGAGCUAGAAACCAAGCAAGUUACUUGUUUGACAGACCUUCGAGAGAAACUUCAUGUGCUCUCAGUCUCAUGGGAAUUUAUGCGUGCUCAGAGGGUGAAAGAAUUAAGGGACACAUGUACAAUAAGAUUGCUCUAGAUAUGGCCUCUGAUCUCUGUGGAUAUCAAUUGGAGACUGACAAGUACUGGCAAAGUCUGUUUGCUCUCACUUUUGCAACUACAUUUUCCAAGUGGUUGUUUGAGCUCAAUAUUCUUAAAGUGGAUGACAAUUCUUUUGAUAUCUUGGCUAAGCAUGGCUCCAAUCCAAAUCACCCUCAAAUUCCUGCUAUAAGGGAUUUGGUGAACACCAUCAACAGCUAUAUCAAUUCACCACGAUGUGCUAGAGAGAUUGAAGCUAUAGAAACAAAAAUUUCUGAACAAUCGUUGGUUAAAGGAAGUGAAGAAAUCACUUUUACUGCUCUACUCGUGUAUUAUUUGUUAAUAUCAAGACUUGCAACACUUGCAAAUAAUCAGGUUGAAUAUAUCAGCAUUUUGAGAAAAUUGGAACUUCUCGAACGAUAUAUUGAAUCUGAAAACUUUAAUAGAGAUGAUCUUCAAAAGAACGUACAUCGCUUCUGUCUUUACUCGUUGAGAGCAGAUAUAUUGGUGAGGUGUGGAUUGGAUAAGAUGGGUAUGCAUUGUGCAACGAAGGCAACAGGUUUAGCAGCCAAACCAACAUUCUGGAAGAGUGCGCCAGUGAUUAUUCUCUUUUUCCCAACCCUUAUUCGAGUGAAUUUGAAUGUCAACGAUAGUAGUAUGUCUGUUGAAAAUUAUAAGGCAUUGAAAGUUAUAAGCUCAAAGUUUGUGGUUCUCAAAUAUACCUUGUUUGACAUGAUCAAUGUUAUGAACAAGAGAUCCGAGUUCAAAGAUUUACUUGAGAGCGAAAGACAGCACAUUCCUCAAGGGUUUUCCAAUUCCUCUGGAUACAUGUCAUUUGCCGAGUCUCCCCAAUGUGACUCUGCUCCUCCAGCACAAGACUGGACGGGUUCAUUCUCGCCAGCAUUGGAAAACAGCAAUACCGCAAAUAAUUGUAACACCGCCAGUCAGUCGUGCUUUCCAAAUGAUUUGACAGAGCUGUUGCAGCAACUUGGCCAAUCUGUCGAUCAUCAAGACUACCAGAACAAACUGGAAUAUAUUUGGCAAUCCACUCAAAACUAA